UACGAUGAGCUGCCCCAUUACCCAGGCCUUGUGGACGGCACGGCAGCCCUGGCUGGCUUCUCAGAGGCAGCGCCCCCAGCACCCGGAGCCCCUGGGCCUUAUGGCCCGCACCGGCCGCCCCCACCUCCAGGCCUGGACAGUGAUGGUCUGAAGAGGGAAAAGGAUGAGAUCUAUGGACACCCGCUCUUCCCGCUGCUGGCCCUGGUCUUUGAGAAAUGUGAGCUGGCCACGUGCUCACCCCGAGAUGGGGUAGGGGCUGGGCUGGGCGCACCCCCUGGGGGUGAUGUCUGCUCCUCCGAUUCCUUCAACGAGGACAUCGCUGCCUUUGCCAAGCAGGUACGCUCCGAGAGGCCCCUCUUCUCCUCCAACCCAGAGCUGGACAAUCUGAUGAUCCAGGCCAUCCAGGUGCUGCGCUUCCACCUGCUGGAGCUGGAGAAGGUCCACGACCUGUGCGACAACUUCUGUCACCGCUACAUCACCUGCCUCAAGGGAAAGAUGCCCAUUGACCUGGUCAUCGAGGAUCGGGACAGUGGCUGCAGGGAGGAUCUCGAGGACUACCCAGCCUCCUGCCCCAGCCUCCCAGACCAGAAUAAUACAUGGAUCACAGACCAUGAGGACAGUGGGUCUGUACAAUUGGGGACCCCGGGUCCAUCCAGCGGCGGCCUGGCUUCCCAGAGUGGGGACAACUCCAGUGACCAAGGAGACGGGCUGGACACGAGCGUGGCCUCGCCCAGUUCUGCGGGAGAGGAUGAGGAGCUGGACCCAGAGCGGCGGCGGAACAAGAAGCGAGGGAUCUUCCCCAAAGCCGCCACCAACAUCAUGCGGGCCUGGCUGUUCCAGCACCUGUCGCACCCGUACCCCUCCGAGGAGCAGAAGAAGCAGCUGGCGCAGGACACCGGGCUCACCAUCCUGCAAGUGAACAACUGGUUCAUCAACGCGCGGAGACGCAUCGUGCAGCCCAUGAUCGACCAGUCCAACCGCACAGGGCAGGGUGCAGCCUUCAGCCCGGACGGCCAGCCAGGGGCGGGCUACACUGAGACGCAGGCGCACGUGACUGUCCGGCCGCCCGGCUCAGUAGGAAUGAAUCUAAACUUGGAAGGAGAGUGGCAUUACCUAUAGAGCCUGCGGUCAGGACAAGCACCCUGCCUCUGGACUGCGACCGCCGGCCGGCGCCUGCUCGGUCCCCACGGGCCCUGGGCUCCAGGACUCCAGCUCUCCGGGCCCCUCUGCUCAACGCCUACCUCCCUGGGGCCCCGGGACGUGGACACGGGGACCCGAGCGUCCACCUGGGGGCCUCUCAAGGACAGAGACGUGGCCCCAGCCCUGCCCCCCACUCUGUCUGCCAGGGCCGGGCCUCUCUGCAGGUGCCAGUGGCUUGGGGCCCCAGCUGUGGGACAGAGAGGGCACUGGGAGCGGGCAGGGGCCAUCGGGGAAGGAGAAUCUGACAUGUGGGGAGACUCUCGCCCCCACCGCGCCCCCUCCCUCCCCCACCGCCCCUCUCUGAUGUCUUCUACCUUUUUUUAGUGAUAAAAACCGCAAACACGCAAA